AUGAGAAGAAAUAAACCCGGAACAAGGCAAGCUGAUUUGUGGUCUUGGGAUAUAGAAAAUGUCUCUGAAAUGAAUGGCCCAUUAGCUGUAUAAGAAUAUAUUCAAGAAUUAAUAAGAAACGAUCCUUCAGAUAUAGAAAAAAUAUGCACACCACCAUCUGAUAUAGAUAUUAACAUAUGGCAAUAUGAACAUUUAAGAUAAUUUAUUUUGGAAUUAAAUUUAUUAGUAACACAAUUAAAAGGAGUGUGUACAUGUCAAACUUGCCCUAAAAUGAAGGCGGCAGAUGAUUGGUUAUAUUUAUGUGCAGCUCAUAAAAAUGCUUAAGAAUGUUCUGCUAUUGAUUAUAUGAUACAUAAUUUAGAUUAAUCAACUUCAAUACUUUAAAAUAUAAAAAAUUAUGAUAGCAGAGUUAAAAUUUCUUAAAGUGGAGUUAAAAAUUUAGCACCUAUUGUUAGAAGAUUAUAUAGAUUAUUUGCACAUACAUAUUUUAAUCAUAGAGAGGCUUUUAUUGAUUUCGAAUUUGAUAUGAUGGCUGCUAAGUUAUUAACUAUACCAAGAGAAGAAUUAGAUAUUCGUGAUGCUGAUUGA